GUAGGUAUGCAGAUGAGCAAAACAACCAUGGAAGAAUCCAAGAAGAAAAUGCCAUGCAGAAAGCUUGGAGGGUAUCUCAGAGAACAAAAAGGAAGGCUAUAUAUUAUUAGGAGAUGUGUAGUCAUGCUUCUGUGCUGGCAUGACUAGAUCUAAGGAUGGUUGGUGACUGGUUCUAGUUACAAAACUUGUUAGGAAGCA